AUGGCUCCACCAGUGAAUAUUGACCACCUUCUCUACCGGCUCAAGGCUUUUGGAGCGCCAAAGGUGCUGCUUCUUGCAGUAUUACUGGUCAUAUGGACCGAUCCGGGCCUCAGUGCGGAUGUCGCAGAGCCACCGUUCAAGUGGAUUGAAUUCUUUGCUGGAAAAGCGGAAGCGACAAACCAAUUCCAAGUGGGUGGCUUCCAUUCUGCAAAGCUAGAUAUCCUUUACAUGCACGCGCAGCCGGGCAAGUUGAACCCCAUGGAUUUGACUUCGGAAGCCGGAAUGGGGACAGCUUUGGCUACAGUCCUUCGAGGAGAUUGGGUAGAAGGCUUUCUAUCUCACUUUGGAUUGAAGUGCGCAAGUUGGACCACAAUUAAUUCAGGUACAAGUUCCCGAAGCCCUUGCAGUGCAAUCGGGAAUACUGAGUAUCCAAGCGUUGUUUGUGCAAACCUCCUUACUUCACGGAUGAUUCUUAUCAUGAUGGUGGUGGUGUGCCUGAAUGGGUGCAUCUUAUUGGAGCAACCAUCCAACUCUUUUGUGGAAUAUUAUCCGAGAUUUAGGGAGUUGAUCCAACUUCUCCAAGCUUCCGGUGGACCCCAUGCUGUGCAUCGCACAAUGUGGUACAUGUUCCACUACAACGGUCCGACACCCAAGCGCCAUCUGGCGUUUGCCAACAGUUCAGCCAUUGGAGGCCUGGACUGCGGCCCCUUAGUGGGGUGGAAGAAAAUCAAAAAGGAACGGGAGGCCAAGGGGGAAGCACCGCCCCAACUGGUGCAGAAGUACCAUGAUAAACAAGGGAAGCUUCGCUAUAAGGGUUUGCCAGCUCUUCGCUCCUCUGAGCACUACCCUGCGGAUUUCGGGAAGAAAUUGGUCUCGAUGUUUGCUGAUCUUAUCAAAAACAAGUCCGGGAUGCCACGUCUUCCCAGCCCAUGCCCAUCAGCAGAGGCUACCUUUGCUAGCAUGUCUUAUGACGACAAAUGGCAUGACGCCAGCAUGGUGGAAGUUUGCUUUUGGCUUCGGGGCGGGAAGGACCUACAGGUUCCCCCGUCAUUCCGACCGCUUUUGCCCCACAGGCUUUAA